AUGGCGUGGCCGGAAGUUGCGUAGAUCGGCGCAGAUCAAGCAGGAGGCGCGAGGUUUGGUCAAAGUUAUGGUUGUUUUGUUCCACGUCGCUGUAUAGAUUUUCAGUUAUUUCUGAACUUUACAGCAUUCGCACAAGAAAUACCUUUAUCCCAGAGUUUGGAGCGCGCCAGGCAUGAGCAGAGCACACCUGGACGAGUGGCAGAGGAGGUCCUUUGACAUUUCGUCUGGCUCCUGUACACCUGAACAGACGGCCGAUGCUUAUCGGGCACAUGUCCUGUCCAUUCAGUAUGCAUGGGCGAGUGCUGAGCUCUCUACGGCUGGAGCUGGCAGCCUGCUCAGGACCUACUCGGAGAGGUACGCCGCAGUCCUGGACUCAGACGACCCACGCACAGGGCUAAACAACUAUGCAGAGAGUGCCCUGCAACUAGCUCGCAAUCAAAAGAACCAUAGCGACAAAUGGGAGUCGUCCCUAACAUUCGAGAACGUGUUCAACCUGCCGUGUGUGCAAAGGAUGAUGCAGGACAGGCCAAAAGAAGGUGCUCUCCCUGUAGAUCCGGUAGAUGUUAACAUCACUGUCGGUGUUGAAAUCUGCAGGGGAGGGGAGAAAGGCAGUGAUCUCUCUGGUCCUUCUUGUGGAUUAAAACGAGAGCCUCUGGCACAUGGGCCCACUGCGCCUCCACCUAGGGCUGAGAUAGGAAGGGGGGUCAGUAACCUACUUGGCGGUCCUGCAGAGCGGGCGAGAGGACUUCAAGGAGCCCCGCUGCAUAUGUCCUUGGCACAGAAUGUUCCAACAGGAACUAUGCCUAUGUUUACCCAUAACAAUUUCAGUUCCACAGGCAAUACUAACGUGUCUCACUCUAGUUUGGGUUGCACAAGUGGAUCUAAUGUGCAUAAUCAACCUGUGUACUUUUCCUCCACAAACCCCUCCAAGAGGAAGAACUUCUACGGCUCAAGAGCUGAAAGCAACAGAAGCUCAUUCCCAUCACAAGGCGAGCAGGAACCCCGAGGGAGGGGACAGAGGAGAGAGGAAGGUGUCAGCAUAAAUUUUAGAUCAGCACGAGAGCAGUUCAUCGUUGACCAGCAAAAAAAGCAUUCCCAUCAGGGUCAGCGAGGUUCUGCGGCCAACGUUGCUGCAGUCACCAAGAAAUCCCUUGGGGCAAAUCGGGCUCGUGGGGCGUCUUCCAAAUUCAUCUCUCCUAUGCCAAGGCAAGAGGAAGAGGGCAGCUCGAAGGAAAACGCACCACAAGACAUGCAACCUGUUGAUGAGCGACUAAAAAACUUUGAGCCCAAAAUCAUUGAACUUAUCAUGAGUGAGAUCAUGGACCAUGGCCCCCCGGUAGCUUGGGAUGAUAUUGCCGGUCUGGAGUUUGCCAAAGCCACAAUCAAAGAGAUUGUAGUUUGGCCCAUGUUGAGGCCUGAUAUAUUUACUGGCCUUCGAGGUCCACCUAAAGGCAUUCUUCUCUUUGGUCCUCCAGGAACUGGUAAAACACUUAUAGGGAAGUGCAUCGCGUGCCAGUCCGGAGCCACUUUUUUCAGCAUCAGUGCUUCGUCACUCACUUCAAAGUGGGUUGGAGAGGGCGAAAAGAUGGUACGGGCACUCUUUGCCAUUGCUCGGUGUCACCAACCUGCCGUCAUCUUCAUCGAUGAGAUCGAUUCUCUUCUUUCUCAACGGACAGAUGGAGAGCAUGACUCUUCCCGUAGGAUCAAAACAGAGUUUCUUGUCCAGCUGGAUGGUGCCGCCACCUCAGCAGAAGAUCGCAUUUUGGUGGUUGGUGCCACCAACCGGCCACAAGAGAUUGACGAAGCAGCUCGCCGUCGCCUGGCCAAGCGACUCUACAUCCCUCUCCCAGAGGCUGAGGCUCGCCGGCACAUAGUGACUAACCUCAUGACCCGUGAGAAAUGCCAGCUGGGAGCAGAUGAGAUGGAGAAUGUUGUACAGGGCACAGAGGGGUUUUCAGGGGCAGAUAUGACACAGCUGUGUCGAGAAGCAGCUUUAGGCCCCAUCCGAAGCAUUCAUCUAAGUGACAUUGCUACCAUCUCGGCAGAUCAGGUUCGGCCGAUACUCUACAAUGACUUCCAGGAGGCUCUCAAAACUGUGCGGCCCAGUGUCUCUUCUAAAGAUCUGGAGCUAUAUGAAGAGUGGAACAAGACAUUUGGCUGCGGUCGCUGAGCAUUUGUGCUCCGUUUACACUAAUUUAUCAGUUUUAUGUUAGUAUGACUAUGAUGCUGGGUUAAUUUCUUAAAAUAAAAGGUUGAUUUGUCUUGUGUCUUUUUCCAUCUUAUUCAUGAACAUUCUUUUAGAGAGCUGUGGUGUAAAAAGACAAUCUGUUUUUUGUUGUUGCAAAGUUUCAUAUUUAGUGUCAUUUAUGCAGUCAGAAUGGAUUGACUCAAAUCAGAACUCAUGAUUUUGUAAAACUGAGCUUUUAACCGUGUGCAUGGCCUCAAAAUUAACAUACCGCAGUUGUGCCUUCCUGAAAACAGUUGCAUCACUGAUUGGAGCUGCAACUCUUUUCCUUGUAAUGUAGAGGAAAUGUGCCAAGUUUGCACUAAAAGGGAACAUGGGGUCUUGAGUAUGUUGUUUCCUUCUGAAUGCACUUAUCCAAAAGGGAACUGUCAGCUAGUACAAUGUCCAGCUCGCCCUACCUUCUGUGUGCACAGAAUGAAUUCAGCAGCUCUCCAUGUUUAACUGCUCUCGCUCUUGCAUAGAUGGAGCGUUAGACACCUUAGGGCCAACUCUCCCAUUGUGUUGUGUCUUGGUGAAUGGAUUUGGAGGGGAAGUUGGGCAACACUGCAGGCAUUCUGGUCUCAUGAUAAGAGUUACCCACAGAUCAACUCUUGCAGUGCUCUUCCUGUUGCUAAGCUAAUGCGGUCUCGGCCCACAUCUGGUAAACCAGAGGAAUGUCUUUGGGCCCUGGAAGGGGUUUUAAAGAUGGUCUCUCAAUCCUCUUCAUCCUCCUCCUAAAGGACAGUAUGGUUGGUUUAGUUUUUUCAGUUACACGAAAGUUGGAGGGAAGCCCAUCAGAAUUGCUGUUUUCAUUAACUACAGGACUUCCAGGUCUUAGAAAGAGAGGUUUUUAUGAUGACACCAGUCAUAAACCUGGUGAAAAAUGAUGCAUUGUAGAAGCAGAUAAGAGCUGUGGCUUGAUGCGUUUACUGUUGAUGGAUGGAGAGGAGCAUUGUGGAGUUUUAAAUGAGUGGCCACAGAUGGCAUGAGGGGUAAAAGUUGCUGGUCCAGUGGUGAGGAAACUCACCCAGGCCAAAUCACAAAGUAAUGAAUGAAUGAAUUUGAACACGAAUGGUUUUGGCCGGGUUACAAAAUGAAUCAUUUUUUGUAAAGUUUGUAUCUUCAGCAGGUUUUGACUUGUCACUUUAUUUGGAUGAGACUGGCGUCCCUGAAAUGUCUUUGUGUUUGUUGUUUUUAUGCCACUGCAUUAGCGUUAUAUUUUCACUGUCAAAUGUACGGCUGAUUUGUGUUGGCGUAAAACGCAAAGUCUGUGUUGACUGCUGUCUGGGAAAAUUGAAAGAGAGACGGCUGAUUGAUUUGGUUUGCUUCUUGCAACUGCAAAACUAUUCUUUCAGGGAGUCAAGCUGAACUGUUAAUAAACCUCAUAAGGAAAAUGGGAUUUAACAGUC